AUGAUGAGUUCAGAAGAAUUCAAUACAAGUUAUACAAAAGAAGAACCCUUAUUAAUUUAUAGAAAUAAAACAGAAGAAUUUAAUAUUUUAAAAAAUAAAUAUUUAAAUAAUAAUAGAAAUGGAGAAGAUUUAUUGUUAAUUAAAUUUAAACAAGCAGCAUUAAAUAUUAGUACUUUAUUGAAUACAGAUUCACAAGAAAUCAAUAGAAUGGUACAAAAUUGUUGUAUAUGUGGUAGUAAAUUUGGUAAAAUAUUUAAUAAAAGGCAAAAAUGUUUAGUUUGUAAUUCAAUAGUUUGUUCAAAUUGUAAUAAUAAUUCAGUACCAUUAUCAUCUUUAAAUAUAAAAUUAAAAGAAACAAAUUCUAUAGUACAAAAUAAUAGUAAUCAUAGUCAACAACAUCAACAACCAAAUUCAGUUAUAACAUGUAAUGUUUGUUUUUCAUCACUAAAGAUUAUGAUUACAAGAUUAGAUUUUAACAGACAAAGUGAUAAAUCAAUGAAUUCAGAUUUCGUUCAAUUCUAUGAACAAAUGCAAUUGAAUAUAUUGGAUUGUAAAAAGUAUAUACCAACUUUUAAAUCAUUGGUAUUACAAAUUCAAAAUAAUGCAUCACCAUCAGUUUCAAAAGCGAAAUCAUUAGAAGAAACCAUUGCAAUCUCAAUCAAAGAGUUGGAAAGUGGUAUUAGACAAUUAAAACAAUUACAAGGUUCAACACCAAAACAAAAUCAAGUCAUCAAUAAUAUUAAACAUAGUUUUGCAACUUAUUUACAAACUUCAAUACCUGAAUUUAAAUUAACCUCAAAUCAAUUCAAUCAAAAGCUAUUAAUCACUGUCGAUACUACAAAUUCAAUGAUAAAAUCAAAUAAAUCACAAUUAAUUAUUUCAAAUCAAUCAACUGGUGAAUUAGAGAUUAAUCAAGAUUUAUUAAAUUCUUUAUCACUCAAAGAUAUAAAUGAUGAAAUUAAAAAUCAUGGUUCAUCUGUACCUUUAGGUGAUUCAAGAUCAAAACAAGAAGUUUUAAAACAAUUAAUUGAUAUUUUAAAUAGAGAAAUUUAUAAUAGAGAAAUUGGUAAUAAUAAUAAUAAUAAUAAAAAAGGUACAAAUUAUACUACAAAUAAUAAUAAUAAUAAUAAUAGUUAUAGUAAUAGUGGUUGUGAAAGUCCAAUUAUUGAAUCAGUUAAUAAUAGUAAUAUAUUAUCAUCAAGUCCAACACCAAUAUUAUCAAGUAUUUUCUCAUCAUUUUCAAAUUUAUUAAGUGAUAAGAAACAACCAACCACACAACAACAACAACCAAUUACAAAACAAGAAUAUAGACCAAUUACAAAACCAAGCGAAUCAAAAUAUUCAGAAGAUGGUCAAAUUUUAGUAGAUGGUAAAUUAUUAUCAACAUUAACUUUAAAAGAAUUAAAUGAUGAAGUUAGAAUUCGUGGAUAUGCUGUACCAAUGGAAAUGAGAAGUAAGCCAGAUGUUUAUUUAUUACUAAAGGAUAUUUUAAUCGAUGAAAUUGAUAAUAGAAGUUCAAUCGUAUCGGUUGUACCUGCAGUUUGCCCACAAAGUGGUUGUUUUGUCACUAUAACUGGUGAUAAUUUAAAUAAGAAAUCAAUUGAAAUCACCGUGGGAAACUUAAACGUUAAACCUUUUAAACAGAAUGUACAUGCAAUCAUGUUUCUUAGUCCUUCACAACCAAAUGAAGGCGAGGUCGAAUUAAUAAUCUCUGAUGGCGAUCUUACACUAACAAAACAGUUCCUUUUCUUUACAAAUUCUUGUUUUCAAACUGAUGAAGAUAUUUCAAAUGUAAAUGAUUAUGCUCUUGAUAUGUUUCAAAAAUCAACAACCUCUCCUUUAUUAAAUAAUUCUUCAGAUUCAAAUAAAAAUACAUAUAAAAACAAUCAAAAUAAUGUUAAAAAUUUUAACAAUGUAAAUAAUAAUAAUAAUAAUAUUAAUAAUAAUAAUAGUGAAUUUUAUAAUAACAGUAGUAGUAUUAGCAGUAGUAUUAGUAGUAAUAAUAAUGAAAUUAAAAGUUUUAGUAGAACUCAUAGCAGAAAUAAUAGUUAUAAUAAUAAUAAUAAUAAUAAUAAUAAUAAUAGUAGUUUAAAUUCAUCACCAAAAACAGCAUCACCUAGUUUAAGAUCUUUUAAUAACAGUAAUAGUGGGUAUAAUAAUAACCAACCUCAUCAAAAUGAUUCAUUUUCAAUAUUAAUGAGUAAAGAGAUUGGAUCUACUGGUGAAACAUUUGAUGAUAUAGUUGUUGAAAUGAUUCAUCCAACAGUGUCACCAUUAAGUGGAAAUAAAGUUAGUGUACAAUUCAAACACCCAGUAAAAAGUAAUAUAUUAAAAGUUAAUAUUGGCUCUGGUAAUGGUGACAAUGUUAAACAGUUACAAAAUAUUGAGAUUUCAAAUGCUGGUAGAAAAAUAUCAUUUCAAACACCACCAUUACCACAAGGUUCUUAUAAUAUAGAGUUUACUCAAGAUUCAAAGGUUUUAUUAUUAGAAAAUAUUUUAUUUUAUGAUUCUUCAAUUCCAGAUUCUAAUAAUAGCGGUUUUACAAAUAAUAAUAAUAAUAUUAAUAAUUAUAAUAAUAAUAAUAAUAAUAAUUAUAAUAAUAUUAAUAAUAACAAUAGUUUUAAUAAUUUUAAUAAUAAUAAUUUUAAUAAUAAUAGUUUUAAUAUGAAUAUAAGUAAUAGUAAUAAUUAUUAUUAUAAAGAACAACCAAAAAUUGCUACUUCUUCAAGAGUAUUAGGCGGAAAAAAAAAUUAA